CCUGCCUCUCCUCAGACUAACGAUGGCUAAAGCCCAGCUGUUUGUAUCACAGCACGAGUUCACCUGCUCGGUGUGUCUGGACACCCUGACUGACCCUGUCUCAAUCCCCUGUGGACAUAAUUUCUGUCUGAAGUGCCUCACAGACUGCUGGGAUCAGAAUGAAGAGUGCAGCUGUCCUCACUGUAGACACAUUUUCACCACAAGGCCUGAACUGAACAGAAACACUCUGCUGAAUGAAGUCAUCAAGAAAUUAAAGAAGACGACAAUCCGUUCUCCUCCAUCUCAGAAUUAUGCCGGCCCUGGAGAUGUGGAGUGUGACUUCUGUACUGGGAAGAAGUUCAGAGCGGUGAAGUCCUGUCUAACCUGCAUGGCCUCCUACUGUCAGACUCACCUGCAGCCUCACUAUGAAGGAGACGCCUGCAAGGGAUACAAGCUGGUUGAUCCUGAUAGAAAUCUAAAGGAGAAACUCUGUGUGAAACAUCAGAAAUGUCUGGAGAUGUUUUGCAAAACUGAUGAGACGUGUAUCUGCACGAUGUGUGCGGUGACUGAACAUAAAGAUCAUAAAAUAGUCAAGCUAGAGAUGGAAAGAGAAGGAAAAGAGAACCAGCUGGGGGUGACACUGAGUGACAUCAAAUGGAUACUUGAGGAGAGAGAGAAGACACUGAAGAAGACGAGGUGGGAGAUGGAGGAGAUGAAGAUCUCUGUGGAAAAAAAUCUGGAAGAAAAUAAGAAGAGCUUCACUUCUCUGAUACGGUGCAUUGAGGAAGCUCACAGGAAACUGACUGAGAAGAUCAGAGAACAAGAAAAGAGAGAAACGGAGAAGGCUGAAACAUUCAUAGAGCAGCUGGAGAAGGAGAUUGAGGAACUGAAGAAGAGAGAAGCUAAGCUGAAGGUGCUUUCAGAGACCAAAGACCAUCUCCACUUCCAGCAGACUAUGUCAUCUCGCUGUGUCCUUCCUCCUGAUGGAGACUCGCUGAGCUUCACUGUUACUAAUGUUUUAUCAUCUGAGGACCUGAGAAAGGAGCUGUCAGAUCUGAAAAAGAGUCUGGAGAAGAUCAGCCUGUGGGACAUCAUAAGGACUCUAUCAGGUGGUGAAGCUCCCAAUGUCGCCCUGCAGCAUCCUGAACCUCAGAUAAGAGACGAGUUUUUACAGUACUUUUGUACACUCACACUGGACAUCAACACGGCACAGAGAGACCUCCGUUUGUCUAAAGGGAACAAGAAGGUGACACGUGAGGCAACAGAGGCAGAAUAUCCUGAUCAUCCUAAGAGAUUUGACUACUGGGAACAAGUUCUGUGCAGAGAGGCUCUGACUGGGACUCGCUGUUACUGGGAGGUGCAGUACAGUGGAGGCUACGUGAUGAUUGGAGUCGCAUAUAAAGGUCUGGGCAGGAAAGGAGAGGGCUGGCAGUGCUGCCUUGGAUACAACGACAAGUCCUGGAGUUUACAGUGUCAUUCCCAAUACAUUGUGAGUCACAAUAACAAGCACACUGUAAUCAACGCCCCCUACAGCCCCAGAAUAGGUGUGUAUCUGGACUGGCCUGCUGGCUCUCUGUCAUUUUAUAGCGUCUCACACACAAUGACCCUCCUGCACAGGUUCAACACCUCCUUCACUGAGCCCCUCUAUCCAGGGUUUUUCCUUGGUCUUCACUGCAGUGUAACAAUCAGCCGUCUGACACCACGUGACCACUGACCAAUACUCUCCACUGGUCACUUGAUGUCCCCUCAAGCUCAGGUGUCUUUAUGUUUGAAGUUUGGGGUCAAAAUGAAUUUUACAGGAUGUCUGGGAGGGCAGCACCUCUGUGAGUGAAUUUGUGGAUGAGAAUGCAGGAUGAGUGCAGCUGUCAGGGUCUUCAUUAUUAUUGGGUCUGAGUAGCCAAUCAGGUGUGUGUGUCAUAAAUGAGGGGCAGUGACACCACAGACCUGCAAAUACCAGUCUGACCAGCAGGGAUCACUGUUGAGUCACAGCCACAUGUCCUUCAGGCUGAUACACCAACCACUUCUGUGACCACUGAGUGUCAUUGAAUGUCACAUAUCAAGUAGGACAGGCAUGUGGUCCUGCUGAAGCAGCGCUUCUUAAAGGUGCUAUACAGAGUAAAGAUUAAUAACCACAUUCCAGUGACUAUUUAGGAGCACAGAGUGACAGAAGUGACAGGAGAGCUGGCCUCUGAAAAGACAUUGUCUGCCCCUCUAUCAGUUUCUCAGGUGGUCUGUCACCUCUGAAUGAAUUCACUGUGAAUGUCUAAGGACAAGGACUCACCGCUCAGUCACUUGUCGGCCAUACUGAUGGAGUUUGGUGUUUUACUGAGUCACUCAUUGUCACAUUAGACAUUAAACUGCACCUCAUCCUUGUUGUUCCCACUGUCACCCAACCUCAAGGAGAUUUCAGCUGACUGACUUCACCUUCACGAUUGGUGUUCAAAGUGUCAAUCAGAUGUGACACUCUUAUCUUUCCACUAACACACACAUUCCCAGGAUUAAUUUACAAUUCCCUCAGGACCCCUCAAAGAGCGGCAUGUCACCUGAUCAGUCUUUGUGAAGAAGCCAAUAAAGGCCCAGGCUGACAGCCCCCCACUGUGUAUUACAGGCCUCACCAGCAGAUGGUGACUAUUACUUCUAAAUCUGUCAUCCUCAUGGAGCCUGAGGGGUUACAAGGAAGAGGAGAAGGUGAAAAAAAGAGUGAGGGGUAAUAAUGAUAGAGAAGAGAGUCAGGGUGAUAAAGGGUGAGAUGAGUGUCCUGAGACAGAGUGAGUCAGACGAGUGUGUCAGUUGUGUGUUUGAGUUUUGUUCCCCCCACCUGAUUUUUUCCUCUUUGACUCACCACACACUGACGGCCGUCCUGUGAUCAUAGAUUGUAUUCCUCGUUGAUCAAAUCCGUAUCUCAAUGUGUGACUGACGUCUGAUUCUUUCAGCACUCGAUCAUCAGACAGGUUGUCACCUAAUGAGCUCUUCACUGUUGACCUAAGCCCUGCUACCCUCUUCUCUCUCCUGUGACCUCGGCCAUUAUUUCAGUCCCCGCUGUGUGACCUCCUAAAGCCACUGGUCUGUCUGGUCACUCAGGUCCUCUACAGGCUGCAGCCAAUGUUGUCCUGUCGUCUGGAUGUUUGUGUUGGUUGAGGUCGUCUCCUGCUGACCUUGGGGGCUUUUAGAGCUCAGGAUUAAUGAAAUGGAAAUGUCAGUCAGCAGUGUGGGCAGGUGGGCAUAUUCAGGGCAAAUUGUCACUUAAAAGUCGACGAGCACACUGGACACAUCGUCAGUCACUGAUAAUCGACUCCACGUCAGCUCCUGUGGCCCUCAUCAUGUGCUGUCAACUCAGACGCUGGUCAUGUGACUUGCACCCUAGUGACAUUCCUGGGACUUUCAGGGCUGGGACAUCAGCUGAUUCUUCUGAAGCCAAACUGCUCCCUCUUGUGGCCUCUCUGCAUAUUAAACACAUGAGAAGUUAGGAUGUGAAGUGUUGGGUGAGAUCUAAAACAAUAUUCAGAAUAUUGGCAUUACCUUGAAGGACAGUUUGGUUUUAUAAGAGUUAAUGUGUGAAAGAAUAUUUA